UAACGGUGGCGAUUCAUGAUGACAGUGUUUCUGCGGAAGAAUAGAAGUACGUGAAAGCUGUCUUUAGACACAUUUCUAAAGCAUUAGCUCCACUUUUCAGCAGAAUGAGCGUCGACAGUGUUUUUCGUACGCGUUCUCUUGGUGUGGGUGUAGUCGGACUUCCAGAUCAGUAUGCUGAUGGGAAAGCAGCAAAAGUGUGGAAGCUUUACAUUGGUGACACGACAAAGAGAACAGAAGAAUACAAAAGUUGGGUCGUGGCUUUGCUGAGAAAGCAUGGUUGUCAAAGGAUCCUGGAUGUAGCCUGUGGAACAGGAGUGGACUCAAUCAUGUUGGUGGAGGAGGGAUUCAACAUGGUGAGUGUGGAUGCCAGUGACAAAAUGCUGAAAUAUGCCCUAAAAGAGAGAUGGGACAGAAGAAGGGAACCAGCAUUUGACCAAUGGGUUAUCGAUGAGGCAAACUGGCUCACGUUGAAGGAGGAUGUUCAGAAGCCAGGCGACGGAUUUGAUGCGGUCAUCUGCUUGGGAAACUCAUUUGCUCAUCUGCCAGAUUUUAAAGGGGAUCAGAGUGAUCAAAAGCUGGCCCUUCACAACAUUGCAAGUAUGGUGAAGCCAGGGGGCAUCCUGAUCAUUGACCACCGUAACUAUGACUACAUUCUAAAGACUGGAAAUGCACCUCAGGGAAAGAAUAUCUAUUACCAGAGUGACCUCAAGCAGGACAUUGCCACGUCUGUGCUCUGGGUGAACAGCAAACCCCACAUGAUCACACUGGACUACACUCUGCAGUAUCAGGAGGGAGAUGCCGAGGAGGUUCAGACAAGUAAAUUCCGUCUGUCCUACUACCCUCACCGUCUGGAAAGUUUCAAGGAGCUGCUUAAGGGUGCCUUCGCUGGAAAGUGUGAGCAUGAUGUCUAUGGUGACUUCAAGCCCUACAAACCUGACCAGCCCUCUACACCAUGCUAUUUUAUUCAUGUUCUCAAGAGGACAGCCUAGAACCAACCGAAUGUAUGUGGCGAAGCAAGCUAUUCAGGCUUCCGGUUGACUUCCACAAUGCCUUUUUAUAUACCCACAUGGGAAUCAAAGAUGAUUGAUCAAUGGUGGAUCUUCCUAAAACUUCAAAACAAACUAAACCAAAAAGGUCUUAAUCAUGGCUUUUAAGUAGAGCAGUGCAUUCUGUGAUUUGGCCGAGUUUUUUGUCCUUUUUGUAGAUUUUGUCCUUUGCUUCAUGUUGUAAGCUCAGCCUCUUCCACAGUUAAAAAGAAUUCUGUGUUGUACCUUUGCUUUUACAAUAUGUUCUGUUAAUUGUUGGUGAAUCGUGAAUUAUCAAAAGUGCCCCUCUGUCUUUGGGGGACCAGCUUCUACCUAUUCUUUGAGUUCACCAUUUUUAUCUUUAUAAUAAUAAUUUAGAACUUGAGGUCCAAGUUAUUUUCUGUCUUAAGGAUGGAGCAUGAGUUACCAAAACGGCACCUAAGUAUAAUUAUACGCAAGCAAAAGUUAGAACUGUAUUGGCCAACCUGGCUUUUUUUAGGUUAAAGCCUAUCAGGUCUGAAAAUGUAGGCCAAUAUUCAUUAUUCAAUUUAAUUGGGUUGAAUCUUAGCUCGAUCUAUGAGUCUUUAUUCGUUGAACAAACAAAAAUAUGGUAUGUAUUUUUCACAUAAUUUGUGGUUUUCCAGAUGCAGUGCACUGUCUUGUUACACUUUUUAAUUUGUGUUUUGUAUAGAAAACAUGAUACUCCUGGAGUUCAUCUGAUCUUACAGUCAUAAGUUGUUGGCCAUUGCAUUGCACAAAAGUAAAAUAGAUAUGAACGUUAAGCAAAAGCAUCCUAACAGCAUGAGCACUACUUCUUAGUUUGUAUGUUUCUCCCAGCUUGUAAAGCAUAAUUGUCUGUUGUAAAUAACUGUGAUAACAGUUGUGGCAUUAACGUUUUACAUUACUUCUAUUUUUUUUUUUUUUACCUAAGACAUUUCAAGCAGCAUUUCAAUACAAAUUAGACUUAGGCCAGAAAUACCAAUACUGUGUCCCAACAGUACUGUUAUAAUAGACUAUUCACUAUCAAUAUAUUGAUCAGUGAUAUCCUUGAAAAUAGUUAGAAGUGAUUGGGGAGAAAUGGCAGCUUUGAAAGUAGUAGUUGUUAUGCAUGUUCUUUUGUAUAAUCUCUUAUGCUUCUAUGAGUAGUUUUUUUUUUUUUUUUUUUUUUUUGGUUUUUAAAGAUUUUUCCUUUCAGAGUCUUAAAUGAUGUAAUUUCAUAAUAUAAUGGUGGAAGCAGUUAGAGUAUUUGUCAUCUCUUCAAUGCAGCCGUUAUUAAAAUUGACUGUUUCAAUUCAAA